UGUGCCUAACACACUUUAACGUUAACAAUAAAAAAAAAAAUUCUCAAACCCUAAAAAGUGAAGUAAAGCAACAAAUUGGAGCAACGAUUGAAAAAAGUGGCAACAUUUCACGGAAUUCAACAUGAGUUGGAAAUUCAGAAUGUUGAGUUUCAAGCAGUUAAGUGCAAUACUGUGGCUCCUUUGUCUGCUAUGCUGUUUGAUAGCUUCCUCCAUAGCCGAUAAUCCACCGACGAAAAAACCAAAUCUGCCCAAAAUAACAAAACCAAGACCUUCAAUUAUAACCUCAACUAGUACAACAACAACUACAACAGAACCGUCUUCCACAACCGUACUUUCUACAUCCACAACAGACUCUGAUGGCAGUAGCAGUUCCACUACAACCAAUGGUGUACCCGAUAUUUGCCUCAAUGGUAUCAAAGCUACAAUAUACAAUUCUGCGGAAGAUAGUACCAAUGUCAUUUAUGAAGAGGAUUUCGUUGAUGUGAUAGAACGAGACGUGUUAGUAAGUGUACUGACGACAGACACCAUCUCAGCAUUGUUUGUUAUGAAUCGCAUAAACCAGGCCAAUAUAAUCGAAGCAGAUUUCGAAAUCGGUAUGCGUGCCAUUUAUGUACAAUCUGAAAGUCUGGCCGAGAAUCUGCUGAUACAGGAAGUAGAAUAUUUGCAGCAAUGUGUUCGACAUGCAAUAGGCAUCUUUAUAGACUUUGACCUUUACAAAAGUAUGGAAGAUACAAUUAAAGUUUUAGAAUACAAUAUCUGGCCUAUUCCGAAAACAAGGGCGUUUCUAUUUCCCAGAGUUGCUCAUUUACUAUAUCAAAUGCCGUGGGGUGAAAAAAUUGCAUCUGUUGAAAUAGUGACAGAAAAUUUGGAGAUCUACAAUGACUUCAUGGAAGCUGUGCGCCACGAGCACAUGUGUCUAAUGCACUUCAAAAGCGAAUACAAUAUUUACAUUUUAUUCGGUAAUAAAAUGGCUAAUAAUUUCAAAGAGAAUGGUACCGUUUUUGCAGUGCCUACUGAGCGAACUGAUCGUGAUUUUAUCACAGACUUACCAAAUAAAUCCUUUGUGUUGAUGGAGAAUGAGAUUGAUCUGCGUGUUAUUGAUCAAAAUGUGACAGAACUCACUCUGGAUGAGGCGCUGAUAGGCAAAACUGUAUUACCUUCGCGUGUUUUAGCACUAGCGAACCCGCUACUUGAUCUCAUGCGGUGGUUAAAAGGUUCUCUUAUCAAGAGUUGCAAGCGUGAACACGAUACCAUCAUUUUUAAUACUUGCCUUGACUUUCUAAAGUUCAUAGAAGACUGGCAAGCUCCUGACCAGCGUAGACAGCUUGAACUAGCAGAAGUGUUGGAUUUGUUGCGCAUGCGUAAAUUGGCAUCAUUAAUGAACUUUCAGAUGUUUCAAAAGAAGAAGAUAGAUAGUAAUUCUGCUGAGAACCAAAUGGAGUUGCUUGAAAUUGCUGCUCAGAAUUUUGUUAGCAAUGUUACCACCUACUAUCAUUACAACCGUGAAAAUCACACCAGUGUUGAGCUGAAAACCAAAUUUGGACAAGUUUUUAAUUGCCAAUAUAGCACAGGAGACAAUACACGUUAUCCAUUUUUAUUUGAUGGUGAAUCGGUUAUGUUUUGGCGUUUGAAGCUCGAUACUUGGGUCGCCACAGGCAUGACAGCGGCAAUAUUAGGUGUUAUCAUUACGUUAGCAAUUUUGGUAUUCAUUGUAGUGCGAAUUUCAUUGGGCGAUGUAUUCGAAGGAAAUCCAGUUACUUCGAUAUUAUUAUUACUCUCACUUAUACUACUAUUUACUUCAUUUAUUCCAUUCUCUAUGGAGUAUGUGGGUGAACAUCCCAAUUCCCAUAUCACCUUUGAAGAUGCGAGUACAUUAAAUACGCUCUGUGCUGUACGAGUAUUCUUAAUGACGCUUGUGUACUGCUUCGCUUUCUCGCUGUUGUUGUGUCGAGCAGUUAUGUUAGCCUCCAUUGGGUCUGAAGGUGGCUUUUUGUCCCACGUAAAUGGGUACAUACAGGCGGUUAUAUGCAUUUUUAGCAUAUUCGUACAACUUGGAAUGUCCAUACAAUUGCUGGUUGUGAUGCAAGUUGCUUCAGAAAGUGUAUCCUGCGAAAACAUGUAUUAUGGCCACUGGCUUUGGGCGCUAAUGGCAUACGAUUUAAUACUACUGCUAUGUGUAGUAGGUUUAGUGCCUUUCAUAUAUCGAUCCCAACGAAAUUAUAGAGAAGGAAUUUUAAUUGUUAUUGGCGCUGUACUUGUCUUCAUUAUAUGGAUAAUUUGGAUAACUAUGGCUUUGUUCGGUGAUGAAUUGCGAGAUGCUGCUAUACCGUUAGGACUACAAGCAACUGGCUGGGCUAUAUUGGUAGGCGUGCUAAUACCAAGAACAUUUCUAAUAGUACGUGGUAUUGAACGUUCGGAUAUAGCACAGGCCCUACCCUCACUCACAUCGCUGGCUUUUGCGCAAAAUAACCAAUAUUCAUCAGAGCAGAGUGUUUACGAAUGCGUUAAUCCAGCCAUGCGAAAUUGUUCUCAAGAAGAAAUUCAUCAAUCGCCAAGCGAAAUACCAACUCUUCCAUUACGUGGUGGAGGACCACGUCGCCAACAAUUUUUUGCCAAUUUACGUCAGGCUAAUGCAAACAUAAAUCCACAGAGGCCACCACCACGUCCACAACCUGGCAGCCCCCAUUCGUCACAAUCCUCAUUGCCAGGUACACCAGAUAACAGCAAAAUCACACGUUUUUAAGAAAAAAAGAAAUAUAAUCAAAACUUGAAUUCAAAGAGAUUGAAGAAAUAUCGCAGAAAGGACGUCUUCAAUAACUUCUUCGAAUUUUUAAGUUACGAUUUUUUUUAACAAAUUUGCGCUGAAAAACCAAAUUUAAAUUAAGAGUCAU